AUGGAGGAGACAAUAGCCACAAUUCUUUACGGGUGUACAUUGAGUAAAGAGAUGGAAGCCAAUUUACCCAAUUGGGCAAACCAAAGAGAUGUUCUUUUAAGUAAAACAGAAGAGAUUAUUGCGGUAUUUAGUAAUGUAAAAGAAAGAUUAAUUAUUAACCAGCAGCAGGAGGUAGUUCAAGAAUGGUUGAGUAAUAGUGGUCAUCAACAGGCACUAGAAUUGUUUCAUGCAGCAGAUCAAAAUAUGUUAUCAGAUCAUAUAGCUACGGGGGCCGCGACGACGAUGCCAUUUACGGUGCAUGGGCUACCGCAGGAAAGUGAUCAAAUGAUGGUGGGUGAUGCUUCUCAUGAUUCCAGUAGAGUUGCUGGUGCUACUUCUUCUUCCUCCCAAAGACAACGAACAAGGUGCAGAACGGGAGAUAGAGAUAGAAGAACAUUCAGAGUGGGUGCUCCAAGAAUGGGAAAUCUUGAACUUCCACCAGAGGAUGGUUAUACUUGGAGAAAAUAUGGUCAGAAAGAGAUUCUUGGAUCUAGGUUCCCUAGGGCUUAUUAUAGAUGCACCCAUCAAAAGCUAUAUCAUUGUCCAGCCAAGAAACAAGUCCAGCGCCUUGAUAAUGAUCCUUACGUAUUUGAAGUAACAUACCGAUCUCAACACACUUGCUAUAUGUCCGCCACAGCUCCCACCGUGCCUCCUCCGUCCGUGGAAGAGAUAACUCAUCAAACCACCACAACCCUUCCAUCGGCGCCACUAAUAUUGGCGCCACCAACUUCAGCCUCCUUAAGCGGGCAUUGGCUCUCCAUGGAUAUUAAGCCACAAGGAGAUCGAGCUGGCACAAGCUACACUACUACAUUUGACAUACAAAGGGAUUUUGGGCAUGGUAGUGUUGGUUCACUAGCUAGCCUGGUGACGGCUGGCGUGGGCGGAGGAGGAGGCGUAGGGCCCUCCGGUGGUAGAUUUGGAAGAGAAGCUGAUUACCAGCCAGUGGUAGAUAUGGCGGACGCCAUGUUUAAUUCAGGGAGUAGCAGCAAUACUAGCAUGGACAAAAUAUUUUCUUCUAUUGAUGACAAAUGGGACACGGCAGAAAAGAAAGAAUAG